UAGUAGAUACACCACACGCCGCCCCCUCGUGACGGGUAAACCAGGUAUACAUAGGUACCGUCCCGCCGCGACGUUCCACAAAACAACCGUAUCCUGGAUAUGGCGCUACGCGGAAAAGUGGCACUGGUCACCGGCGGCGCGCAGGGCAUCGGUUGUGCUGUUGUGGAGUCAUUGCUAAAGAACGAGGCUAAGGUCUCCAUAGUGGAUCUAAAUCAAGAGGUAGGAGAGAAGUGUAAGAAACAGCUGGACGAGCAGUUUGGAGUCGGUAACUGCAGCUUCAUCCAGUGCGACGUGACCGACGCGGCUAAGUUUCAAGAAGCGUUUCAGAGCACAGUGGAUCAGUUUGGUCGUCUGGACAUCGUAAUCAACAACGCCGGCAUCAACAACGAGAAAAACUGGGAGAAAACCAUUGAGGUCAACCUUACGUCAGUGAUUAAAGGAACCUACCUCGGUCUGGAACAUAUGAGUAAAGAACACGGGAAACAGGGCGGAGUUGUCAUCAAUGUGUCAUCCAUGGCAGCAUUCUUCCACUCCCCUCACCAGCCUGUUUACACAGCCACCAAGCAUGGAGUCAUAGGCUUCUCCAGAGCAAUGGCGGACGCCUCAGAACAUGGUGACUAUGGGGUGAGGAUCAACACUCUGUGCCCAGCCUUUGUGGACACACCCCUGCUCCAUUCUGUAGAACUGGAGGAAAACAUGGGCAAGUUUGUCAAGUUCAAAGAUGACUUCAAACACCGCAUGCACAAGUUUGGAGUCCUGACACCAUCUCUGGUGGCUGAGGGGAUGAUGAUGAUGAUCACAGACAGCAGGCUGAAUGGAGCAGUGAUGAAGAUCACCUGUUCUAAAGGGAUCCACUACCACACCUACGAGCCCCUGUCAGCCUGAAUGCAUUCACCCACCUCCGUCUCGCCAGAUGACUGCCCCUUGAGUUACUGCUGCCAGGCACACAAUGCAGCGCCAGUACACAGGCAGGAAGUUCAGGAUGGCACUAACAUCAACCAUGAAGAAGAGUUAGUAUGCUCUUGGACCAACAGCCAACACCCAGCAUUGCUUAAUCUUCCUUCAUACGCACAUGGAGACGGCUGCAAUUAUUGAAUCCUUCCAUUUGAUUGGACCAGCAGGAUCAUAUUCUGGCUCGACUCGUUAUCAUGUUGUUUGUGGUUUUUACAUCUUAAAAUGUACAGAACUUCUUUUAAAAUCUUUUAAAGCAGUGUUUGCCCCUGUAUAUAUGUGUAAUUAUAUAUACUUAUCUGUUUUAGUCCCAAAAAAUAAACUAGCAUGAACUGUCA